UGUAUCUAUGUCCAUGUACAAAGAGUGAUGGCUUAUGUUGCUAUCACUUCCCUCAAGCAAACAUUAGACCAGCUCAAGAUGAAUUGCAAAUUAGAAUUCACAUUUGAUGAAGUAAAACAGUUCAAAGCUGUAUCUGAAGAGAUUUCUGUCAUCCAAGAAAUGCUUCAAGAUUCUGCAGAUAGGAGCUAUGAUCAUACCAUGAUGAAACAUCUGGAGAGAUGCAUAAGAGACAUGGCGCAUAAAGCGGAAGAUUUUAUUGAAGAAUUUGUGUAUAUCAAAGCAGAGGCCCUGGAUGAUGCUGCUAUCUUUGAGGAGGAGCUGAGUCUUCACCAUCAUAUGAUGGAGGUUUUGAGUGACAUAAAUUCUAUCAAGGAUAUGUUGUCAAAGAUUUACCAAGAAUCAGAUGCAGCUGCAACCAAAGUUCCGCGAGCUAGGAAUCAUUCGGUGGAGCAUGCAUCAGGAUGGUCUUCAACUCAAGAGGAAACUCUUGUCGUGCGAAUAGACAAUGAUCUGUUAAAAGUCAAGGAGAAACUUACAGGACUGCCACAUAAACUGGACAUUCUUACAAUUGUUGGGAUGGGUGGAAUAGGUAAGACAACCCUUGCUCGAAAGGUAUUUAAUGAUCCUUUGAUUGAGUAUCAUUUUUAUGUACGUGCUUGGGUUACAGUAUCGCAGAAAUAUGUACUGAGAGACGUGUUACUAGGCCUUUUGUGUUCCCUCACCAGACUUGGUGAUGAAAUUUUCAAAGAAAAGAAUGAGCAAUUAGCUGAAUUAUUGUAUAGAACUUUGAAGGGUCAGAGGUAUCUUAUAGUUUUUGACGCUGUAUGGGAUGGUAAGAUCUUGUAUGAUCUCAGAAGAUCUUUCCCAGAUGACAGGAAUGGAAGUCGAAUAGUGUUGACUAGUCGACUAAUAGAUGUCAAUAUGUGUGUAAAUCUGGACAGCCAUCAUCAUCACAUGAGUUUCCUGAGUCUAAAUGACAGUUGGGAGCUGCUGCGUCACAAAGUGUUCUCGGAAGAAAGUUGCCCCCCAGAGCUAGAAGUUAUUGGGAAAGAAAUUGCUCAGAAAUGCCAAGGAUUACCAUUGGGAAUUCUAGCCGUAGCGGGUCAUCUCUCCAGCAUCAGAAAAACAAAAGAUUGCUGGAAGACUGUUGCAGAUGACAUACGAUCACCAGAGUCUAAAGAUCAAGAGAAUUGUUUAGACAUUCUUGCCUUGAGUUAUAAGUCUUUGCCUCAUCACCUCAAAGCUUGCUUUCUAUAUUUGGGAGCUUUUCCCCAAGAGUUUGAGAUCCCUGUCUGGAGAUUGAUCAGGCUUUGGGCGGCUGAAGGAAUUCUCAGAGCAGAAUGGCCAAAGACCCUCGAAGAAGUGGCAGAGAUGUGCUUACAAGAGCUAAUGAGUAGAAGUCUAGUUAUGGUUAGGAAGAGAAAAUCCAAUGGUGGUAUUAAAAGUUGUGGCAUCCAUGAUCUCGUGAGGGACUUGAUCUUGAGAGAAGUUGAAAAAGAAGAUUUUCUUCUGGUGCUGAAGUCAGAUGCUAAUUUCUUUCCCACAGAUGCUUAUUAUAAGCGUUGCCUCUGCUUCCAUCAUCAAAUAAGCAGAUCCUAUGGUAUGUUUAAUUCCAGCAGCAGGAUAGAACAUUGUGACUACAUGAAGCCUGCAAUUCCUCAUUGUCGAUCUAUUCUCUUUUAUGGUCGACUUCAAGUGACAGAAUUCGAUAAGAUGCUAGAUUCUCGUGUUACUGUGAUGGAUUUGAAGUUGCUGACGGUACUAGAGAUUCUUUUUAGGUUCUUCGAGCAUUUCCCUGUUGAGAUAACGCAGCUAGUUCAUCUGAGGAAUGUAACUUUACCUAGUGACAUAUGGAAGAUGCCUCGGUUAAGAUAUCUUCAUAUAAAGAAUGGUGCUUGUUUGCCCCAUCCUGCAGGAGCCAAAGCUAUUGCAAGCAACUCUCUUGUCCUAACCAACCUACAUAAGCUUUCAACUGUAAGCUUUACCAAUUGUUAUAGGGAAACGUUUGCCUGUCUUCCCAAUUUAAAGAAACUCGGUAUCUGUGUGAUGCAACCAUCACAUAAUUGCCUUGAUGAUCUUCUUUACCUUGCUGAACUUGAAAAACUUAAAUGUGUCUUUCUGGGAAGAGGUCAAUUCUCCGGUUGGAAUGCUUUCCCACCAAAACUUAGGAAACUGACCUUAAACGGGAGCUUUCUGCCAUGGGAGAAGAUGAGAACUCUUGGUUUGUUACCCAAUCUUGAAGUACUCAAACUGAAAGACUAUGCUUUCCAAGGGCCAGAAUGGCAAGUGGAAGAAGAUGAGUUUUGUCAACUAAAAUAUCUGCUAAUUGAUGGGACAGAUCUAGUUCAGUGGGGAGUAACUUGUUCUCAUUUCCAAAGGCUACAGCAGCUGAUUCUGAGAUGUUGCAGACACUUGGAUGAAAUACCAAGUGAAGUUGGAGAAAUUCCUACCCUGCAAAUAAUUGAUGUGUAUGAUUCCAGCAGUCUUGCCGUGAAUUCAGCAAGGCUUAUUCAGCAAGAACAAUAUAGCAUGGGAAAUGAUGGCCUAAUAGUCAGGAUACAUCCUAGAGAAAGAGAUUGAUAGAUCCAUGGAGAAACUUCAUUAGAGAUGUCAUCCCUUGUAUACUUGUUUCUGUUAUAACAAAUUAAUCAAGUUCAUUUUUAUCCAAACUUAGACGGUUCAUUGCCAAAC